AUGGAACUGAGCUCCGACGACUCCCCGACGAGCUCUGUGUCAACCAGUCUCGGUUUGGAAGCCGGUACACCGGCUACUUUGGCAUCUGGCCCUUCCCAGCUUGAAGUCGGUUCCUGCGCGAUUUGCGGGGCGAGCAAAGGCAGGUGCGAGCAGGAACAGGCUGAGGAAGGAGCCCUCACCCUUGGCCAGCGGAUAUGCGACAAUGCCUCCCAUGGACCACACGUCUGCAACGCAUCGCUAUCCGUGGCAGCUGUCAGGCUGCCCCCAUAUCUCUACUCGGACAUGACUUUUCACUUCAACUAUCCGUACAAGAAGCGCACCGUCAUCCACCGUCGUCCUGUCCGCCGCCCAAGCAUCUUCUUCGGCCGAUCCAGGGACGACAAUGCCAAGGGCAAUGACAGUAGGUCUGUGUCUACUCCAGCCGCACCGCAGGGCAGUCAGGAUCGCCAGGAACCCCCCCUCGGUCCGCUCUCUCAAGUCUCAUCCAUCCCCACCACCUCUUCGCCCGGAAGAUCAAUCAGCCUUUCCCCUCUCGAAUCGGCUUCCACCGCCCCGACCUCGGUCGACGCAUGCUCGAGCAGUUUCGGUUCUCGACUCGGCGUGCCCAAGUCCAACUCGCCCACCCCCAGCUCCGACGCCCGCGGCAAACGAGUCGAACGAGCCAAGGGCAGCGAUGAAACAACCCGCACCGAGCUCCAUGGCUCGCCAAACCCCUGUUUCCCCUUUGAAUACCGUGAGGAUCAUCUCAUCAAGCCUUCCAUAUGCACAAUCGAGGCCGCCGCCGCCGCCAAGGUGUAUUUCGAGACGUACUUUAAUACCUUGUUGUCGCCUGAGCCUACCCCACGCCAGGAACGUGGCCGUCUUCUCGAAUCGCAGCUUGUUCUACAACCCAUGCCCGAGGAAGAGAAGGCAGAGAUGCUGAAGCAAUGGCUUCUCCAAGAGAGCCAUCACUUGCGACAGACUCGGGCUCUGAAGUCCAAGUGUUUGGUCAGAAGCAGGACCAAAGGCAUCUCCAUUGCCGGCUACGAGGUCGUCCGUGUGCUCGGCAAGGGAAGCUUCGGCGUGGUGCGUCUCGUGAGAGAGAAGCAGCCACCCCGCCUGAGAGUCCCCUCGACCGAGCAGACAGAGUCCGACAUCGAGCGUCUUGACGGCAACGAUGACGAGCGUGGCGGCAGCGAUUCUUCAAAGAACAGCAGGCGUGUCUAUGCCAUGAAGGUCAUUCGGAAGUCUGAAAUGCUGCGGAACUGCCAGGAAGGCCAUCUGCGCGCAGAGCGGGAUUUCCUUGUCGCCUCUGAAAAUUCCCGCUGGGUUGUUCCCCUUGUUGCAAGCUUCCAAGACAACGCAAACCUGUACCUCGUCAUGGAAUACAUGGUUGGCGGCGACUUUCUCGGCCUUCUUGUGAGAAAGGACAUCUUGGAUGAGUCGACGGCGCGCUGGUACAUCGCAGAAAUGAUUCUCUGUGUUGAGGAAGCUCAUCGAAUGCAAUGGAUCCACCGCGAUAUCAAACCUGACAACUUUCUCAUUACCGCGUCCGGACACCUCAAGAUUUCGGAUUUUGGUUUAGCUUUCGACGGGCAUUGGUCCCACAGUCAGGCCUACUUCAAUGAGAAGCGGUACAGCCUUCUCAAGAAGUUCAGCAUCGACGUCCGUGGCGAUGACCAAGACGUUGCCGAAGGAAGCUCGCUUGAACCCCGGAGUCCUGGAUUUAGCAACAUGUUCGGCCGCUCUCAACGAAGACAGUCCAUGUUCCACCUCAAUAACCAGCCGGCCAAGGAACCUCCGGGCAAGGAAGAUAACCCGGUGCUGUGGAUGAACCGCCAUCAGAAACGGAGACUCGCCAAGAGCAUUGUUGGCACUAGCCAGUACAUGGCGCCCGAAGUCAUCAGGGGUGAAGAAUACGAUGGCCGUUGCGACUGGUGGAGCAUAGGCAUCAUUUUGUACGAGUGUUUAUAUGGGCAGACGCCCUUCUACUGUCAGGAUCGUAAAGAUACGAAGCAAAAGAUAGUCCAUCAUCAUCACUUUCUCGGCUUUCCUCAGGACCAACGCUGGGGUGGUGCUCCUUCUGAACGCAUUCCUCUCGCCCCCGUUACCUACUCGGCCAUUGACCUGAUGAAGUCCCUCAUUACCGACAAGGAAAUCCGUCUGUCGUCUCAGCACUAUCGGGAGAACGACAUUCGUCACGACUGCUUGCCACGCUACCAUCAGCGAAGUCAUCAUCGCAGCUUUAGCAUGCGCUCACCGGCGGCUUCGGGCCUUCAGAAUGCAUCGAACGUCCCCAUGAACGCCAUUUUGGGUACUCCUCAGAGAUAUGUCUCUGGCAGCUUUAAUACCCCAACCCAGCCAAACCACCGGAGGUUCUUUGUCUUCGCAGAUGAUGCUCACGAGAUCAAAGGGCACGUGUUCUUUCAUGGCAUACAAUGGGACCGUCUUCACCUGAUGCGCCCACCAUUUGUCCCACACAUUCGCGCUGGUCAGGAAUUGACCAAGUACUUCGACGACGAGACACAAAUCCUCAGCUCCGGGAGUGAUGCAGCUGACCCAGAUUCCGAUUCGACGCUUAGCGUUGACGACGAGCUCCAGCCUCGCAACAAAGAGGUCGGCGAAGGUGAGGAUAGGACGGACCUUUGUGAGGCAGCCGGCCUUCUGGAGACCAACAGCGAAAAGGGUAAAGGCAAAGGCAAGGUGGGGGAAAAGGAGAAGGAAGCAUCAACAGAGAAAGGAAAGAACAGAGCUAAGAAAACCAAGGAGAAACGCAGGGCUAGAGACAAACUUCUCCGCGAUCCAGGAGUGAGGCGUCAGGUCAUGGAGGUGCGAAAGAACGGUGCAUUCCUAGGUUACACGUAUCGGAGGCCGAGAGAAGUCAUGAGAAGGCGGACGUGUACGAAGGGUGACGAUGUGGGCUUUUUCGCGCCACCGGCGUGGGCGUGCUGA